ACAAGUCGCAACAACAUCAUCAUCAUCAUCUCAUUCUUCUCUUUUUCUUUUUCUUUUCUCUUUUGAGGAAGGUGGCAACCGGUGACCACCAGCACUCACUUUUUGACAAUGUUGAACAACCAAAAUCCCAAAACCAAUCUCCUUUCUUCAAUUUUCUUUUGUUUUUUCUGUUGUCACGUCAAAUUUGAUUCUUCUCUUCUUUCCUACCUUUCAUUACUUAGAAUUUUGAUUCCGUUCUUCCUUUCGGGAACUUUUUUCUAACUUAUGUAGCCAUACAUGGCGGAAUCUCUUGCAUCCAACGCAUUCUUCAUUUUGCAUUGCCGCGUCGGCGAUUAGUAACUGUUUUGUACCUUUAACAUAUUGAUGAUGGUGUUUGAUUGCGAAAGCUCAUAGUUUUCUAUCAACAAUGGUUUUAGUUGAUAAUAACGGGAUUGGGAAUACCGGGAAUGAUGAAACUGCGGAAUCUAGUAGGAGUAAAAUGGAGUUUGCUUCAGUUGAUCUUGCAACUUCACAACAGACAAUUCUGAACAGUGAAAAUCCUCAGGGAAAGUUCGAAGGCACUGUCUCUAGUUCCCUUUCAUGCUGGAUCAAGUCCCUAAAAUUUGGUUCUGCAUCUGCCAAAUUAAAACGGCUCACUUCCGACAGAGAUCAGAUUUCACAAUCUGUACCUGCUCCUAGUUCUCAUGGCAUGAGAUCACGAUUCAGUAACAUGUUUGGUCAGAAACUCGGUUGGGGUUCCGUCAAGAAGGUGUGCAUGGAAUGGAUUAAAAAUCCAAUGAAUAUGGCCCUUUUCUUUUGGAUAGCCUGUGUUGCUGUCUCGGGUGCAAUUCUGUUCCUUGUGAUGACAGGCAUGUUGAAUAAUGUGUUGACAAGAAAAUCUCAGAGAAAUGCAUGGUUUGAAGUAAACAAUCAAAUACUCAAUGCACUUUUUACGCUUAUGUGUUUGUACCAACAUCCGAAGCGGUUCUACCACCUUUUUCUUUUGUGUAGAUGGAGGCCGAACGACAUCUCUAGGUUGCGAAAGAUAUACUGCAAAAAUGGGACUUAUAAGCCGAAUGAGUGGGUGCACAUGAUGGUAGUGGUCAUUCUCCUUCAUGUGAAUUGUCUUUCUCAAUAUGCACUCUGUGGUCUAAACUUGGGGUAUAAAAGGUCUGAGAGGCCUGUCAUAGGAGUUGGAAUAUGUGUAUCUUUUUCAAUUGCUACGCCAGCAAUUGCAGGUUUGUACAUCAUUCUUAGCCCACUUGGGAAGGACUAUGAUUGCGAGAUUGAUGAAGAAGCACAGAUUCAAACUACAUUUUCUCAAAGGCAAGAGCAAUUGAGAGAGAACGCACACGAGAAAAUAUAUUCAUUUGCAUCCAAGGAUCAAGAAAAGAUUAUUGAAGAUAGACCAAAGUGGAAUGGAGGAAUUUUUGACAUUUGGGACGAUAUUUCUCUGGCAUAUCUCUCACUUUUUUGCACUUUCUGUGUCUUUGGGUGGAAUAUGGAGAGACUUGGAUUCGGAAACAUGUAUGUUCAUAUUGCCACUUUUAUUCUGUUUUGCAUUGCACCUUUCUGGAUUUUCACAUUGGCUGCUGUUAAUAUUGAUGAUGAUAAAGUUAGACAAGGUCUUGUGGCCAUUGGAAUCAUCCUUUGUUUUUUGGGUUUACUGUAUGGUGGAUUUUGGAGGAUCCGAAUGAGAAAGAGGUUCAAUUUGCCUGCCUAUAAAUUCUGUUUUGGUAAACCUUCAGUUUCCGAUUGCACUCUUUGGUUUUGUUGUUGGUGGUGCACCCUAGCCCAAGAAUUGCGAACUGCAAAUAGCUAUGAUCUUGUUGUAGACGAUGAAUUCUGCAGGAAAGAAGUUGAUACCGACCAACCAUCGGCAAUUUUGCCCUUGGUUUGUGAAGAUGUAGCAUCAACCAAAUCCGGCACGAGUUCUCCUAAGGGUAACAACUCUUCUCAUCUUAUGAUAGAAACAUCUAGACCUCUUAGUUCAAAUAACGCCUCAAAUGAAUAUUACAGUUCGAGUAGGUCUCUAUCCCUUGUAGAAAAUGUAAUAAUGAAUCCACCAACUCAAUCAAUAAUUGAAAGGGAAGCUCCUUAGUCCCUAAGAAUGGUAAAAACAGGGGUGGGGGAAUGAUUAUUCUUUGCUUGCUACUUGUAGUUGACAUCAUUUGUGGAGUUCUAAUUUUCUGCAAAUGUUUGGGGCUAAACUGCUAAUCCCACUGGAAACCAUGGUUUUGCUCUCAAGUUACAUAUGUCGUCCAUUUCCCUUAGGAUGUAAAUUUUUAGUUAAAUCUGUCACAAUUUCCAUUUAAUUUUGAGUAGAC